CGUAUUUUAGAAAUGGCAUCUCAUGAUCUUUUUGGUAUUAAAAUGUGAUGUUUAUAUUAUCUUUUGACAGGAAAGAUUGCUUGAAAUAGUCUGGGAACUUCAUUCAGCUUAGAAAUGGACAAUGAUAACGAUUUCACUUUUUGCCAGGUUGGCCCACCAGGGAACCAGGAAGAUCAUGAGAUAAAGAAGCUCACUUCAGAUAUAGAAAGCAUUACCAUAAAGGGUGGAUUGUCAAAUGGCACUAGUAGUAAUGAGAAUAGAGGUGUUCUUUGGCAAGGUGGAUUACCAGGAGGAGCCACUUCCAAAAAAAUGGAAAUAGUUGGUUCUUUGUCUGUCAGCGCCAUUGAUGAAUCAUCCAUGAAAAAGAAAUCUGAAGUUCCAAAGCAACUAAAAUCAGGUGAUGCUGGAAACUCAGUCAAGCCUGCAACUCGUGCUAAAGUUCCUUUUGAGAAGGGAUAUAGCCAAAUGGAUUGGCUCAAACUUACUCGAACACAUCCUGACCUUGCAGGCUUAAAGGGACAGUCAAAUAAGAGGCUUAUUUCACUGAAUGAAGUUAAACAGCACCAAAAAGGAGAUUCAAUAUGGACUGUUCUAAAAGGUCGCGUGUACAAUUUGUCUCCAUACAUGAGAUUUCACCCUGGAGGUGUUGAUAUUCUAAAGAAGGCUGUGGGAAAAGACUGCACUUCGUUAUUCAGUAUCCUUUUCUAUACUUAAUUGGUUAUGUGUUGUUGAGUUUUAUUGUUCUUAAGCCUGACGUCUCCAUGAAAACAAGAGAAUAGAUUUGCUACCACCAUACCAUAUUAUGUGUUUUGGGAUGUGUUUUAUUUUUGGGAUCUGUGUCGUGGGUAGAUUAAAUCAAACUCUUCCAACGGCACAUAGAAUGGGUGGUGAGCAAAUGUAUUAUCUGCCAACAGAACUGCCAGUAAAACUUGUUAUUACUAUUGGAGUAGGAUUGGGAAGGUUUUUCUCUUUUUUUUGUUCACCAAAGAA